AUGUCGUCGUCGCAGGCUCGCGGUGGCGGCGAGCGCAUGAUCCAUCAGGACUACAUUGCCCGCAUUCGCUAUUCCAAUGCGCUCCCUCCCCCACCAAACCCGCCGAAGCUUCUCGACAUCCCCAACUCGGGCCUCUCUAGUGGAACCUACACCGAUCCCGCCUUUGCCUCGCGCCUCGUCCGCGAGCAGAAACUAAACAUUGUGGCCGAUGCCGAGCUCGGAAUGCACCUGGACCUGGUGGGAAUGCCGGGCGUCUUUGACGGCGAUGAGAGCUCUAUCCAGGCUCCAGCCGAUCCCCCCCCGGUCCAUCCCCGUGACAAGGUCCUCCUCAGAACACUCGCCCAGCUCAUGAAGCCAAAGUCUGCCGAAACCGAGGUCUCUUUCCUAAGACGCACAGAGUAUAUCUCGUCGUCGCAAUCACGGCCGCGCCCAGGCGGCAACGUGUUCAUGAAGCCGUCGGCAAGCGCCUCGGCUAAGCGACCAGAGAAACGGAAGGCGUCCCCGGAGCCCGACAGGGGCACGCCGGCGUGGAUCCGCCGCCGGAUCAACAGGAGCUUCGAGAUCGCUGCCGCACAGCUGGCAGAUCGCACCAAAGUCAGGCACCCAUCAAAGCGUAGCAGUCUCAAGGUGGUGGACUCCUUCCCGCUGCUGCCAGAUCUCGAUGCAUUCCCCGACUCUGGGGCGUACGUGACGGUAAAGUUUGCCACCAACCCUGUGGCAACAAGCAGCACCUACGACAGGCGCCUCACGUCGGGUAUCUUCAAGCCCAUCGAGCGCAGCGCGGCCGAAGAGCAGGCGUUCGAGGCAGCGUUCGCCGCGCACGAGCGCGACCCGGUCCGAAACCCGAAGCCCUCUAACAUGAUGAACUAUGACUUCUUCUUGGCGGCGGAAGGUGAGACGGCCGAGAAGUUCCGCCAGCGCUUCGACGUAGACAACCCUGACCGCCACAACCCGGCGCUGUACACGUCGACGGCCGACGGGGGCUGCUUCCGGUUCCCGCGCCUGCGCGCCUAUGAGACGUCGCAGGAGAAGGAGAUGGACCACGACAACAAGUACGACGAGGAGGUAAUCCUGGCGUACCGCGACGACGAGUCGCAGCGCCGCGGCGGCCCCGACGACAGCUCUCAAAAGGCCGUCUACUACUACCCCGUCAUGCAGCGCAGCACGAUCCGCAACCAGCGGUCGCGCAACAUUGCGCGCACCAUUGGCGUCCCCGCGGACGACGACGAGACGCACCUCGACGAGCUGCAGGUCCGCGUCGACGAGCCCAGCGAAGCCCUCAAGAACGAGCUUCUGCGCUUCAAGCAGCAGCCCACCGGCUUCCUGCCCGACGACGACGAGGAUGAGGACGAA